AUGCAGUAUGAUCAUGAAAAAGGCCUUGUUGGAAUUGAGGAACAUUGUGCAGCCAUUGAAGGUUUUUCGCAAAAAUUUGGAAGAAUUGGAGUUUGGGGGAUGGGGGGAACAGGUAAGACAACUAUUGCUAGAGCUUUGUUUGACAAACACUCCUCCCAUUAUGACAGCGUAUGCUUCUUGAAAGACAUAAGAGAAGAAUCACAGAAGCACCGUGGGCUAGCAUACCUCCAUCAUAAGCUUCUCUCUGAGCUACUAAAGGAACAAGUUACAACAUCCAACAUUUCUGAAUCCUCACUCAGUAGUAGAAGAGUUCUGAUUGUGCUUGAUGAUGUGGAUAGUUCUGAGCAAUUAGAGGCUUUGUUUGUUGGACUGGGAGAGCUGGGAGAAGGCAGCAGUCUGAUUGUAACAACAAGAGACAGACAUUUGCUUCAUGAAAAAAUAGUUGAUAAGAUACAUGAGGUCAAGCCUUUGGACUCUAAAAAGUCGCUUGUGCUCUUCAAUUUGGGAGCUUUCAAGAAAAGGGAACCAGCUGAUUCUUUUUAUCAGGACUAUUCGCAAAGGGUAGUUAAAUAUGCAGAAGGCCUUCCAUUGGCUUUAAAAAUUUUGGGUUCACACUUUUAUGUCAUCAAUCAAAGAGAAUGGUUUUCUGAAGUGGGUUAUUUGGAGAACAGGUCUAAAUCCUACAAGGAUAUUCUAGACAAGUUAAAAGUGAGCUAUAAUGGAUUAUCAAGGCAAGAGCAAGCAAUAUUUCUGGAAAUUGCUUUCUUUUUCAAGGACAGAAAAGAAGAUUUUGUCAUAAAAAUACUAGAUGCCUGUGGUUUCAAUGCUACAUCUAGUGUAAUGGAAGUCCUUAAAGACAAAUCUCUUAUAACUAUAUCAAAGAGCAAUACUAUACAAAUGCUUGACUUUCUACAAGACAUUGCUUUUGAUAUAGUUGAAAAUGAUGUAACAAACCCUAGAAGAGGCAUCCUAUUGAGAGAUAAGGGAGUUAAUAGUCUUGACUGCGGCCCUGAUGUUUAA